CAUCACCCAAAACGCGACAGACAAAUCCAGAAACAUCCAUGGCUGCUGUCCCUGAUAGAGGUCCUGCAGCCAGAGAGAACAACCAAAGGUGGAAGAUACUUCCAGAUGACUUCAUAAGAAAUUAUUUUCCGGACCAACAUCCAAAUGCAGUGUAUGUGCUGUAUGAAAUCAGGUGGAGCAGAGGUACCAUCUGGAGGAGCUGGUGCUCAAACAGUUUUGACCAACAUGCUGAAGUCAACUUCUUGGAAAAUUAUUUCAAGGCCAGGCCAUCAGCUUCUUGCUCUAUCACCUGGUUCCUAUCUACUACCCCCUGUGGGAGAUGCUCCAGAAGAAUUCUGGAGUUCCUGAGGGCACACCCCAAUGUGACCUUGGAAAUAUAUGCAGCCAAGCUGUUCAAGCACUUGGAUAUACGUAACCGGCAAGGUCUCAAGAACCUGGCAAUGAAUGGAGUCAUUAUACGUAUCAUGGAUCUUCCAGAUUACAGUUACUGCUGGAAAACCUUUGUUGCAUACCAACGUGCAGAAGACAUUUAUUGGUCCUGGAGAUUCAAGUCAUAUAUCUUUCUGAAUUGCAUGGAGCUCUAUCGUAUCCUUUUGGGGCUUCCUCCAUUGCUUUGAAUACUAACAAGCAUCAGCAGCUUUCGAGCUCACUUUGUGCAUCACAGCAUUGUUUACAAGACUGGAAAAGCCAGUCCCUGGGAAUCUUCUCCACUACAGCCUUGAACUCUGAGCUUCAUACCGUCACCAGAGAAUACCCUUAUUCUCUGUCAUUGCUACACAUUGGACACGUCAGAAGCAGCAUGUGAGAAAGCACCAGGAAGUUUGGAUGAUGUGGCCAAGCAGCUAGGACACAGCGCUUUGGGUCUUUACAAGGCUUCCUGAGA